AUGGAAAUUCACGAAACUGUCGCACAGAACGUCGAGUUAAUUAGAAAUUUAGGUAAUACCGACGGUCUAUUGGAGACUCCGAUUAAUUUGGAUAUCAGUUACAUGAAAGUGAUUGAGUUAGGUCCUUUGGAAUGGACUAAUAUUGACAUAGUGCCGAGAAAAUUAAAAAUUACCAACACAGGUUACACAGUAAUCCUCAGCGCGAAAUGGCAACAAGAAAAUCAUUAUAUCUCCGGCGGACCGUUCACGGGAAAUUAUGCAUUCUCGCAUAUUCAUUUUCAUUGGGGAGAAAAUGAAAUGAAUGGCAGCGAGCACGCCGUUGAUGGUGCAAGUAUGCCUAUGGAACUCCACGCUGUGUAUUUCAAGGAUGAGUACGAAACAUUAGAAUCAGCGCUUCGUCGACCUAAUGGCAUUACCAUUUUAGUGUAUUUUUUCAAGUUACAAGCUGGACCAAAUCAAUUCCUCGAGGAGAUUAUAAAAAACUUAGCUGUUAUUCGUACAGCUCAUUCUUCGGUUCGCAUAGUCCCUUUAAACUUAUCCAACAUUCUAAGACCCUUCACGCAAGAUUAUUUCCUGUAUUGGGGCUCGAUAAUAACAAUACGGAACGUAUAUAGUAUUCUCUGGAUAACCAGCAGAGAACCAAUUGGAAUUUCCACUGAACAAGUUGCAGAAUUUCGCACUUUGAACGAUGAAAAAGAGGCGCCAAUACUAUCGAACAUUCGCCCACUGAAAGAAAAGCAGGAAAGAAACAUCUUUCACGUUUGUCCAUCGGGUACAACGUACGCUUCACUUUUACCAAUUCCACGAGAUCUACCAUCCAAUCAAACAGAUCGAUCUAAUAACAUUAAAAAUGUUGGAAAUACUCCAGAUGCAUAA